AUGGAGAUCGGACUCGGCGACGUCAGGGGGACGUUGAGUGGAUCCCUUACUCUCAAGGGCAAGCGGCAGGCAGACUACGCGCCCAUCCUUCCCUUCGAGCUGUUAUACGACGUACUCGACGUCGUCGACGCACGAUUGGAUCAUGAUACGCUCAAAGCACUCGCUCUCACCUGCCGUACCCUCCGCGCGCCCAGCCAGCGCCGCCUCUUCCGCCGCAUCCACCUCUCGCGCAGCCGCCCUCGCCGCCUCAAGAAGGGCUCUCAAGACUGGGAGCUGAUCCCCUGCCGCCGACUGCGCGAGGCCCUCGAAUCGUCCCCCAUCCUCGGCACGUACGUCGAAGAGCUCUACCUCGCCGGCGGCGGCCUCCUCUGCCUCGAGCGCAACGUACCCGCGAUUAUGCACGCGUGCACGCACGUCCAGACGCUCUCCGUCGAGUUCUUCGUCUGCAACGACAAGGAGUACGCGAUGGUCGAGUGGCCAGACGUCCCGCCGCCGUUCAGGCGCGGGCUCGUCGCGCUGCUCGCAUUGGAGACGCUCACCGCGCUCGAGCUCAGCGUCGCGACGUUCCCGAUGGCGCUCUUACGCGUGUGCCAGAGCCUGCACGACGUGGUGUGGCGCGCGAUACCGGGGAAGCGCGAGCCGACGCUGCUGUUCGGCUUCCCAGAAGAGCUGGAGGGAAUGCCGCUGUAUCAGUGCAAGGUGAAGAGUAUCUUGCUGCAAAACCUCAGCCACGAGUUCCAGGCGAUUGAGGACUUCACCAUCACGGAGGCGCCGCCGUUCGAUAUCUCGAUGGUGGAGGUCAUGAAGCUGCACAUCGACCGGUAUUCGGCGCCGGUAGUAACGAUGAUUGGCCCAGUCUCGCACUCACUGCGCGAGCUUGAGCUCGUACUAUCGUCAGGAGCCAUGAAGUACGACCUCGAGCAGGUGUGCUUCCGUCUGCGUGACUACCCUGUCCUUGAGAGCCUCCUUGUCUCCAUCAGCAUCGACAGCGCCGCCUACACCUCCACGCGGCCUAUCCCCUGGCUCUCUUACAUCUUCUCCGGCGCCCCGCACCACACGGCGCUCCGCCAGGUCGUCAUCCACACCUACCUCACCGUGCGCACCGCAUCGUCGAUGUGGCCCGGGCUCGCCAUGCCGCUCAACCUCCUCGAAUUUCCAACGGAGGAGUACGAGAUCCUGGACGAAGCGCUGCAGUCGGUGGCGAGCGCGUCGUUGGAAACGGUUCGGUUCUUGACGGCGGUGGAGAGGCGGGAUUCGACGGGUGUGGCGAGGAGGGAUUGGAUGCCGGCGGAGCAGGUGGAGAACCUGGUGAGGACGAAGAUGCCGAAGGCGUAUUCGAGAGGGGUGAUUGUGUUCGAUAGUCUCAGUGGACAGUGA